CGUCACAGCAAAUCCUGGAAGUGAUCAUCAGAAUGGAAAAAUUACACGCAUUGAUUAGUCAAUAGGAGACUCGAUGAAUGGGUUAAGCUUGAGCAGCUUAAUCUUGAUUCCGUGGAGACAGUUGUGGAUGAGAAGGUGGAGGACAAGGUGACGAGCUUAAAAAUGACACGCCAUCAAAAGCGUAAAAUUGACGAGACACAAGUAGAGGGUCAUGAAGAACUUGAUGCUGCUAGCCUGCGAGAGCAUGAAGAGUUCACAAAGGUUAAGAAUAUCGCAACAAUUGAACUGGGGCGGUAUGAGAUCGAGACAUGGUAUUUCUCCCCAUUCCCCCCAGAAUACAAUGAUUGUACGAAGCUGUUCUUCUGUGAAUUUUGCCUCAAUUUCAUGAAGCGAAAAGAACAACUUCAGAGGCAUAUGAGAAAAUGUGAUCUGAAGCACCCUCCUGGAGAUGAGAUUUAUCGAAGUGGUACCCUAUCAAUGUUUGAGGUUGAUGGAAAAAAGAAUAAAGUUUAUGGACAGAAUCUUUGCUAUCUGGCCAAGUUAUUUCUUGACCACAAGACCCUCUACUAUGAUGUUGAUCUCUUCCUGUUUUACGUACUUUGUGAAUGUGAUGAUCGUGGGUGCCAUAUGGUGGGCUAUUUUUCAAAGGAAAAGCAUUCUGAGGAGUCCUAUAAUUUGGCAUGUAUUCUUACUCUGCCACCAUAUCAGAGAAAAGGCUAUGGGAAAUUUUUAAUUGCAUUCUCAUAUGAACUUUCGAAGAAAGAAGGUAAAGUUGGAACUCCAGAAAGACCCCUUUCUGACCUAGGUAUGCUAAGCUACCGAGGAUACUGGACUCGUGUUCUCCUGGACAUAUUGAAAAAGCAUAAAGGCAACAUUUCUAUCAAGGAGCUGAGUGAUAUGACUGCAAUCAAGGCAGAAGACAUUCUAAGCACCCUUCAGGCACUGGAGCUAAUUCAGUACCGCAAGGGGCAGCACGUCAUCUGUGCAGACCCAAAGGUCUUAGAUCGCCAUCUAAAGGCUGCUGGCCGAGGUGGUUUGGAGGUGGACGUUAGCAAACUGAUAUGGACUCCUUAUAAAGAGCAGAGCUGAUUUUCAAAUUACCCACUUCCCUUUUGCACACCUGUCUUUCCUCCUUCCUUUGAAUAUGUGUACAGAAGUCAUG